AUGCUGAUACGAGGGGAACAAGGCAACUUUAUCGAUACCGCCAACAACUAUCAAGCAGAGAAGUCCGAAGAGAUUAUUGGAACGUGGAUGAGGAAGCGAGGCAUCCGUGAUCAGCUUGGUAAAGACUACAUGAAGGCGAUAUCCCUCUCCCUUUCCCACGUCCCUUGCCUCAUUCAUACCUCGACUGAUAUUGAGGACUUAAGCCGGGCCAACGAAUACGCUCGUGCCCACGGGCUACGUCAGUUUUCCGUCUAUCAAGGGCGCUGGUCCGCCGCCAGGCGCGACCUUGAACGAGAAAUUGCGCCCAUGGCCGAGGCUGAGGGUAUGGCCGUGGUCGCUUGCGGAGUCAUCUGUAGUCCGGUAUUCAUGAAUUCGGUACAAAAAUGUGAUAACCGGGAACAACAACUACAGAUGAACGAAAACGAAGUGCGGCUAGGAAAUGUUUUGCAGGCUAUUGCGGAUGAGAAGAAGGUUUCUCCCGUGUGCAUCGGUCUAGCCUAUGUGAUGCGGAAGCAACCUUACGUUUUCCCCUUGAUACCCAAUCCGUCGGCGGGCGCAGUGCAAGAAUGCAUGCGGGCGCUGAUGGUGGCUCUGAGCGAGACCGAUGUGGCCCGAAUCGAAAAAGCCUCGCCGCUCCAGUUUGGCUUCCCUCUAGACCUCCUAUCCUGGAAUGGCAGAGAGGCAAGUCCUUGGCUGCCACGGGCGGGCGGACAUAUCGAUUUUGUGCCUCAGCAGGAACCAAUCAUCCCCCGCUCCUAG